ACAGAAACACAUAUUCCUGAUAUUAAAAAGGCUGACCACACGGUUCCAAGGAAUAGGGACAUCAGUUUGUGAUACUUGUCCAUGGGAGCAGUGAUGUUUGUCCAGUUGUUAUGCACAGUAUUGGUCGUCGUCAACCUGUGUAAUGGAGUUACUGCAGCAGGACGUCCACGACAUAUUGUCUUCAUCGUGGCGGAUGAUCUGGGAUGGAACGAUAUUGGCUUUCAUAACCCCGAUAUGAUCACGCCCAAUAUUGACAAACUGGCAAGAGAAGGCCUGAUACUGAAUCAAUCCUAUGUCCAACCGCUUUGCAGUCCGUCGAGAAGCGCCUUUAUGUCCGGCUACUACCCCUUUAAGACUGGCCUGCAGCACAUGGUCAUUCUGAACUACCAGCCUGUAUGUCUACCUCUCAACAUCACGAUCCUGCCACAGAAACUGAAGGAACUUGGCUAUGCCACACACAUUGUCGGCAAGUGGCACAAUGGCUUCUGCAGCUGGAACUGCACCCCGACGUACCGCGGCUUUGACAGCUUCUUCGGCUACUACAACGCACAAGAAGACUACUACACCCACAUGACCGCUGGCUUCUUGGACUACCGCAACAACACCAGCCCCGAGAAGACAGAGAACGGAACUUACUCAACGUUCCGGUUCACAGAUGUUGCCACCAACAUCAUUCAACGCCAUGACAAGAGUCAGCCUUUGUUUCUCUACCUCCCCUUCCAAGCUGUCCACGCACCUAUUGAGGUCCCCGCACAGUAUGAGGCAAUGUACCCGAACAUUAAAACAGAAGAUCGCCGAAAGUUUUGCGGGAUGGUCUCGGCUCUCGACGAAGCAGUUGGUAACAUAACCAAAACGUUGACGGACAGUGGGCUAAUGAACGACACGCUGAUUCUGUUCACUGCUGAUAAUGGUGGCUGGAUUACCGAACACGGGAAUAACUACCCGCUGCGUGGAGGCAAAUUUACUGUGUACGAAGGAGGGACGAGGGCAGUGGCGUUCAUGUAUGGAUCAGGUCUCCAGAAAACUGGAACUGUGUUUGACGGAUUGAUCCACGCCGUGGACUGGCUGCCCACUCUGACUGCCGCCGCCGGAGGGACCCCAGUGUCAGACCGUGACGGCUUCAACCUGUGGCCCAGUCUCAGCUCGGGUUCCUCGUCCCCUCGUACUGAGGUCGUCUACAACUACGACUCACACACCCUCCCCACUGAAGGACAUGCCGCCAUCAGGGUUGGUGACUAUAAGCUGAUUGAUGGCUACCCGGGCCUCUACACUGACUGGUACAAGCCGGAACAAGUGACCUCUGACCUGAACCUCACCAACAUCAAGGACUGGGCCACAAAGUAUCAGCUGUUCAACUUGAAAGAUGACCCCACCGAGCACAACGACCUGUCCACUUCUCACCCAGACAUCGUAAAGCAGCUUGCCGCCAGACUGGCCUGGUAUGAGAAGCAAGCGGUACCACCAAACUACCCAUUACUUCCCGACCCCAAGAGCAACCCUCAGUUGUAUGGCAAUGUCUGGUCUCCUGGCUGGUGCUGAGAGCUUCUUGUUAUACGAGCAUGGAAUACAGUCAUUACAUCGA